AUGAAGUUUCUCAACCUCAAAGGCGAAAAGGAGCCGCGGGAGCCGAUGUACGAUGAUCAAAACGAAAAGGAAAAGGGCAGCACCCGCGAAGAAGAUGCCUCGGUGGCGCGCGACGCCGUCCUGGUCGACGACGGUGAGCAGGCGGCCAACAUCUUCAGCGAAGGCGGCAAAAACUACAGAACCAUGGGCCGCUGGGACACUGCUCUCGUGCUCGCGUCCAACCAGGUCGGCCUGGGCAUUUUGUCUCUUCCCAAGAUUCUCGACGUCUUGGGCAUCGUCCCCGCCGUCAUCACCAUUAUAGGGCUCGGCGUCGUCUCGUGGUACACUGCCUAUGAACUCCUCCAGUUUUACCGCAAACACCCCCAUGUUGUCAACAUGGCUGACAUGGCGCGCGUGAUUGGCGGCGUGCCAUUCGAGGUCGUCUUCGGCAUUUGUCUCCUCAUCAAGAUCUGCUUCACGUGCGGCUCGGCCACCAUCACCAUCUCCAUUGCGCUCAACACGAUUUCCAACCACGGGCUUUGCACCGUGGGGUUUGCCGGCAUUGCGGCCAUUGCCUGCUGGCUGCUGUGCCUGCCUCGCAAGUUCAAAUUCGUGGCCCAGGUCGGCCUUCCCUCCACCAUCAGCAUCAUUGCGGCGGUCCUCAUCGUCAUCAUCAGCCUCGGCAUGUCGCCGCCUCAGAAUGCGCCGCCCGGGUUCGAAAAGACGCUCAAGAUUGUUGGCGACCCGUCCUUUACCGACGGCGUCAACGCCGUUCUCAAGGUGUGCUACGCAUACGCUGGAAACGUCGGCUUCGUGUCGUACAUGGCCGAGAUGAAGAACCCGAGCAAAGACUUCGUCCCCGCCCUCACGGUCCUGCAGGUCUUUUCCGUCGCCCUGUACCUCAUCACGGCCGUCGUCAUAUACUGCCUGUCUGGCCAGUACACGACCUCGCCGGCGCUGGGAUCCGCGCCCACCAUCCCGGCCAAGAUCGCGUACGGCAUCGUCCUGCCGGCCAUUCUCUCCACGGGGCUCGUCUUUGGCCACACGGCCAUCAAGUACCUCUACGUCGUGGCCAUGCGGGCCAUGAAGUCGACGCACCAGCUUACCGACAGAUCGGUCAAGUCAUGGGGCACCUGGAUCGCGUGCGCGACCCUGUUCUGGACAGUGUCGUUUGUCAUUGCCAACGCGAUUCCCAUCUUCGACUCGAUCCUGUCCAUUGCGUCGGCCACGUUUAUCGCGUGGUUCACCUUUGGCAUCAGCGGCGUCUUUUGGUACCACCGCAACUGGCAGGAAAAGUUCCACAGGAAGAACAUCCCCCUUGCCAUUGUGAAUGCCUUGCUUAUUGUCCAGGCUCUCUUCAUGAACGGGGUGGGGCUGUGGGCAGCGAUUCGGCAACUGGUUGACAUUUUCAACGACAAGGAGAACAAGAUAGGAGGUGUGUUUCCGUGCGGAGAUAACUCGUUGUUUUAG